AUGGCAGUUUGUGACCUUCUCGUCGUGAUUUUUAUGUUCUGGAGGACCAAAAAGGUCAGCAGCCGCUUCUUCAGGGUUGGAGUUGUUGUAGCUAAGAUAGGGGCGCUUUGUUGUGUGGCCGCAAGGCCACACGGUUCUCGUGCUACGAGUAGGGAGUGGUCAGUGGGAUGCAACGAACCAUUUUGGCCAACAAGCUCAAACUUUUCGCCACCCUUGUCAACAAGGCGGGACUAUCAAUUUCAUGCAGAAGGGUUUUCUUUUGGCUCUCAAGGUGAUGACAGAGUUGCACAUUAUGGAUCUUCUGUUUCAUUGAAUGAUAAAAGUUCCACGAGUUGGGGGAGGAGUGAGUCAUUUGCCAAUCAUCAAUUCUCUGUAUCUGAUGGUGCUCUCUCGUUCACCAACAGCCCUUCUGAUAGCUUCAAAAACUACCAAUUGAGACACUCAGUUACACAAGGAGCUAGCAUUGAAGAAUACACCAGAGAUCCAUUGUCUGGGCCACUGGUGAUCCCACAGUUUGUGGAGGGGAAUCUAGGGCUUCCAUCCUUUAAUGGUUCCUUUUCCUCGUGUUCAGAUGGCAGCGAGUAUGAUGCUAUAUCAAAAUCUCAUGGUUCUGCUGGUUGCAGCUUCUCAAAUCAUCGAUUUUUCAUGCCAAAGGCCAUUCAUCCUCUAUCAGUUCCAGAUCACGUUGUAGGAGGUGAAGAACAAAGCAUACCUGGUGCCAUCCUCCAGAAGGAACCAGUGCUUUGGGAUAACACCGACAAUUUCUUUAUGGACAUAUGCGAACUGCUGGAACCCAAAGCUCGUCCACCUAAUAGUUCUUUGCAUGACUUAUCCAAAUGUGGACUAUGCGAGAGGCUGUUGUCCCAGAGAUCACCAUGGUGCUCCUGUCGGAUUGUCUGUAGUGGAGAUUUGCCAACAGCAAGUGUCCUGUCGUGCCGGCACGCGUAUCAUUCUGAAUGCCUAGAGCAAACCACCCCCAAGGUAUCCAAACACGACCCACCAUGCCCACUUUGUUCAAAGUCGGAUGAGAACACAUCUGAUCGCCGGGCUGUCUGCCGGAUGAGAAAUGGGAUUCCAAAGCUAAAAUCACCAGAGGAAGGGCCUUCAAGACUUUGGAGCUGUGCACAAGCGGGUGAUUGUGUAGAAGGUGUUUUACAUGCGCCAAAACAAAGUAGAAUGGCUUUGUUGAGUAAAGACCAUCUCAAGAGGCAGCUGUCUAUGAAAGUAAAUCUAACCAAGAAACAAAGUGAGAACCUCAAGAGAAGUGGGAUCCGAAGGCAAGUUGGAUGCUCAUCGUCAUCUUAGUCGUAUUCAUCGAUAGCAUCCCUAGUUGUUUGUUCAUCCAUCUGCAUUGUGCUGUCAGUUGUUCUGAUGGCCGCGGCCUAGGAAAUCAUUUAGCGAAGCGGUUAGAGUUUGAAUUAUCGGAAAAGCCUUUGUUAGACGAUGGCUAUGCCUAUGUGCUUACUCUUGCUCGUAACCUUGUAUCUGCGAAAGCUUGUUGCAGGUGAGUAUUUCUUGCAGGAGUCUGCUCACUUGGGUGGCAUUUCUUUUGCUGUUGUUUUACAUGAUAUGUUAUUUGUAUGAUUAAUGUUUAGGUUAAUAGAUUAAUAUGAUUCAGGCCGGAUCUAAAUAUAACAUCUUUUUUUAAAAAUCUAGUAUUUUAUACGAAACUAAUUGUAUUUGAUAAUAUUAUUGUAAUGGUGAAUAUUAUUAUUCACUUAUUAAUUCAACCCUUAAUUUUAGUUA